GAGCAAGUCCCCUUCUUGCUGAUACGCCGUUGCUUGCCGAAGCGCGCAUUGAGAUAGAGCGAGAACCCCGCCAUCCCGAGUAGCAGCUGUGGGUAGGUGCAUGUGUUGGUAAGGAAGGUACUCUGGUGUUCCCUUCCCGGUGCAGCAGAUUUCUGGUCAGCUCUGUUACGCCCGAUGUAGAAGGUCCAGUCCGGCGUCAUGCCCCGCACCUCAUUGUUCAGAGGUCUUGCCCGCCCUCAGACGACUGGAAAGUUUGCUCUUACAUCCCCAAAACCCCUCCCGUGUUGGCAGUCAAUAUCCCAUUCCCGCCGUCACUACCUCUCUCCAGCAGUACAAGCACACCAAGCUCGCAAGAUGGCUCCCCAACUUGACGGCUACUUCAAGCAGGUCGAUGCCGACGCCGACCACUUCAUCGAGCGCCUCCGCAAGGCUGUUGCGAUCCCCUCCAUUUCUGCCGAAGUCGAGCGCCGCCCCGAUGUCGUCAAGAUGGGCGAAUGGCUCGCUGCCGAGCUGAAGGCCCUCGGCGCCUCUGUCGAGCUUCGACCUCUCGGCGAGCAGCCCGACAAACCCGGCCUGCAGCUGCCCCCCGUCGUUCUUGGAAGAUACGGAAGCGACAAGAACAAGCGUACCAUCCUGGUCUACGGCCACUACGAUGUUCAGCCCGCCGAGAAGAGCGACGGCUGGGCGACGGAGCCUUUUGAGCUGUCCGUCGAUGACAAGGGCAGGAUGUUCGGUCGUGGUGCUACCGACGACAAGGGUCCUGUGCUUGGCUGGUUGAACGCCAUCGAGGCUCACCAGAAGGCUGGCAUCGAUUUCCCCGUCAACCUCCUCAUGUGCUUUGAGGGCAUGGAAGAGUACGGCUCUGAGGGUCUUGACGACCUUAUCAACGCCGAGGCCAAGAAGUACUUUGCCGACGCCGACGCCGUCUGCAUUUCUGACAACUACUGGCUCGGAACCGAGAAGCCCUGCCUGACCUACGGUCUCCGUGGCUGCAACUACUACUCCGUCGAGAUCUCUGGUCCCGGCGCUGACCUGCACAGCGGUGUCUUCGGCGGUACUGCCCAGGAGCCAAUGACCGACUUGGUUCGUGUCCUUGGCUCUCUGGUCGACACGAACGGCAAGAUUCAGAUUCCUGGCAUCAACGACCAGGUUGCUCCCGUGACCAAGGAGGAAGAGAACCUGUACGAGGGUAUUGCCUUCACCAUGGACAAUCUCCACGAGUCCCUUGGCAGCAAGACCACCAUCUUUGAGGACAAGAAGCCCACACUCAUGGCCAGAUGGCGCUACCCAUCUCUCUCCCUCCACGGUAUCGAGGGUGCCUUCUCCGCCCCCGGCGCGAAGACUGUCAUUCCUGCCAAGGUGACCGGCAAGUUCUCCAUCCGCACCGUGCCGAACAUGGAGAUCGACGCCACCAAUGAGAUCGUCUACAAGUACGUUAAUGAGCAAUUCGCGAAGCUCAAGAGCAAGAACACCCUGAAGGUCUGGGCUCAGCACACCGGCAAGUGGUGGGUUGCGUCGCCCAAGCACUGGAACUUCUCCGCCGCCGCCAAGGCCACCGAGCGGGUCUGGGGCGUGGAGCCUGACUUCACUCGCGAGGGUGGAAGCAUUCCCGUCACCCUGACCUUUGAACAGGCCACUGGCAAGAAUGUUCUCCUCCUGCCCAUGGGUAGCUCCACUGACGGCGCCCACUCUAUCAACGAGAAGCUGGACAAGCGCAACUACAUCGAGGGCAUCAAGCUCCUCGGCGCCUACCUGCACUACGUUGCUGAGGAGCCCAUUGAAUAAAUGGCCACCUUAGUUUAGCAAGUUCUCACACUACAACCAACCACGCGGCUAGGCCAUGCACACACAGUCAGGUGUGCUUUUGAUCAGCCAAUGAUGAGUCGCACAAGGCGUAAGCAUGGCGUACAGUAUGUUGUCGGCUAGUGGAAGCUGUUGCAGAUUUGCUUCGAGUAUUCACUGCGAAGAUCAAGCCAUAGGUCACGUAAUCAAAAAAUACCCAACAAAGUCAUAUCAGCCA